AUGGGGUUUUUAAGCCGUUUUCGCAAGCGUUCGAAAAGUCAUAGCCGUGCGGGGAAUGCGGUCAGCUAUGAGCAUCUCCGCACUAACCAUGAACCUGUUCCUCCAUUGCCCAUCAUGGGCACAGAUUACACCAAGAGGCUACCGCGACGUGUUUUAAUCCGCAUUUUCUCUUUCGUGUGCCCCCACGUCGAAGAUAACAGUUAUGAUACCUCGGAGGAAUCCAUGACCGAGGAUGGCUGUAUGCUUUGUGACAUGCGUGACCUCGCGCACUGCGCGUUGGUGUGCAAGCGAUGGUCCAUGGAUGCGGACGCUCUAUUAUACUCCAAUGUCCGCAUCGACGCCGUCCACUACUGUGAGCUCGAGGUUCAGUUAUCAGCGAAACGGAAACGCCGCUCCUUCUUCGACAAGAAUGGCGACCCCGAAGACGCCCCCCAGGCUCGCCUCUCGCUCUUCAUGCGAACCGUUCGACAAUCACAUGGCUUAGGGAGUAUGGUCCGCUCUUUGCGCAUGCCGUACAUGACGCGUGAGGCGAGCAAAUCGGAGAUUGCACGAACGGUUUCCGUGUUGCCCAAUCUCCGCUACGUGGAUUUGCCCGCUGGAUUCUUUAGUGACGACCCCGCGUGCCUCGCCCUGAAGCAGGAAAUUAUGGCCCGCUGUCCAGAUCUUCGCCGCAUGAAUUACCGACAUGGGUCGGAGGGUACCUUCUCGCAGUUGCCGGGCACACACCUCUGGGCCAAUCUGGAAAUACUGGAAUUGUCGGGACUGCAAGUCGAGCCUCAUAUUCUCCGAUUCGGCCUGGGCGCCUUUCCCCCGUUCCCCGCUGUUGAACGGCUUACCCUUCGAGAUACCCCGAAUGUUACGGCAAGCGGGCUUGCCGCAUUCUUCUCCCUACCUGAAAACCGAGCCUCUUUGCAAUCAUUGACCCUGUCAAAUACCCAAGUUCAACCCUCGACUCUCCACCAAAUUGUCUCUGUCGCACCAGAGCUCCGCGCGCUAUCGGUCAUCCAGGAAGUUUCACGAUCAUUCCCUCCGGAGAAGGUGCCACCGCUCACCUCCCGGUCACUGGAACUGUUGCACUACGAGAUAUCUUCUCCACCCGGCUCUUACGGUAUGGCGCCGAUGGCAAGCUCGUAUUAUUCGUACCUGAUAUCAUCCUUGAUGUCCAACUCUCUUCCUGCUCUUCGGGAUCUCUAUGUCCGUGACGCAGGAUUUCCAGAGGCAUUAUUGCUUGCCCCUCCACCCCGCUUGUUCGGUGGUGGUGAGAGUGGGCCCCAAUUCGGGGGAGGCAUCCUCGCACAGCCGUUGAACGUGUACAGCAAGGGCUUAGACGAAUUGGAGUGGAACUUUACUCCUUAUGAACCACCUUCAACCCGAGGCCGUCGCGAUAGUACGACACGGCCUGUGAGCUUCCACGACGCUCAAUUGAGUCGUUCCUGGGGUGGCGACGCAAGGAAGAGCGUGCUGGUCGGCAAUGGCUUUGGCGGGUUCCUGGCUGUUCCGGUGGACAAUGGGCGUCCUAAGAGUAGUGGUGGCUGGAGGCGUGAGAGUAGAGGUGAUUUGUGGCGGUGA